GGCCCUGCCCGCGACAAUUCCUCUUUUCCAGUCCCUGGACCGUUCUCCGUCAGUUACCAUGGAAACUGUCACUAACGAGGAAUGGGGGGGCCGGAAAUGUCGGAACUGGGGCCCAGGCCACCCGAGGGGGACUUCCGCUUCCUCGUUGUCCUCUUUUCCUCGCCUGCUCUGCCUCUGAGGACUCUGCUCUUCCCCAAGAGGGAAGCAUUCAGGAGAGAAUGGUCCCUGUGAUCCCAUCAGCCAGGUGCCAGACUCCAACUGGGAACCCGACUACAAUGGGAACUCAUCUACAUGGGGCCAGGGCUUCCAGCUUCCAAGCCAGAUGCGACCUUCCAGUUGAAGACGGGAGAAGCACCAUGGAUGCCAAACAGAAGCGACUCCAGCGACACCUGUCGGGGCCCAGAAAGGCUGCUUACUCUCGUAACCGCCUGGGUACCAUGAAGCCCUCUAAGCUGGACCCUACCUUGACCUCCGACUCAUCUGUAAGCAGUAAAAAGGGGGCAAAGAGGGAACGUACUAUGUUCAACGAGGUUCAGCUGGAUGUUCUUCUGGGGGAAUUUCAUAAGAACCCCUACCCCAACUAUUCCGUCAGGAGCGAGCUUGCGAACCGCCUCGAUGUUCCCGAGUCCAGAAUACAGAACUGGUUUCAAAACCGAAGAGCCAAACAAUCACGACAGCUGAAAGAAAAAGAGAGUUUGAAUCUGUCCGGACAGUCCCAAGACCUGGGGGAACAGAGCUCCUUGGUUCACGGCUCCAAAAACGCUCAGACUCCAGCCCCCGGCCCGGUUCCGCAGGAGACCCUCGCCGAGAGCCAGCUCGCCUGGCCAAACCGAUCCAGGUUCCCCUCCUCUAAGAUGUCCAAGGUGACCCUUGGGGAAGGUCCCGGCUUCCCGGAGACUGUGGCUACGGCCUCGGCGCUGGCCAAGGAGGCUUCCACGAGCCCCGGAGCCUGGCUGCAGCCCCCCGCCCUGACUCUGGAGUCUCAUCCCUGCUUAAAGCCCCAGGCCUGGGGGGGCUCCCCGCAGAACACCCCGCCCCGGCUGCAGAGCCUGAAGAGGGGCCAGCAGCCGGAGAGGCGGCUUUGGCUGGAGUAUCUCCGCCAGCUGCACGAGCAGUCGCAGCAGUAUCCCUGGAUGCAGGAGUACCUGGAAUACUUGCAGCAGCACCCGGUCCCGGUGGCCCCAGCCCUCGCCCCCAGCCCACCAGCAACCCCCCUUGCAGAUACUGUUCCCAGUGUCUCAGCAGCCCUGGCCACAGACGCGGGGUCAGACCCCGCUGCUGCCAAAUGAAUCCUCCCUCGGCCUGAAGUUGCAGGAGCAUCUGGAGUCACUUCGUAUCUCAACCAUUAUGGACCUCUUUCUCGUCCAUCCCCCUCCUCCCAAUGACUUCUCCAUGAUCCACGAUCCGCUCGGCUUCCUGGGACCAGGCAGCUGUUUGACCCAAAUUGUCUCUUCGAUGUACUUUGAGUUUGAUGAUGGAUUCCCCUUUUGUUGUCCAAGGACAGAUCUUCGCUCCGAGGUCGGUGAUGGCUUGGGAAGGUCUCGGUCUGAGCGGGCCGGUGGGUAUCCUCGGCCGCUCGGCUAGUAAUCAGUGAUUCAGAUCGACACCAUUGUGGGGCAGCAACAAGCUCGCGGAAUGACGCCUCUUAAUUAACGGGGUCCGUGGGCCACUAAUUAACCAUGGACCGAGGAAGAAGGGGCGGGACCUGGUGGGCUCCGGGCACCAUACCCGCUCAUCACGACACGGUACGUGGGCCGUCAGUGGCACGUCAGGGCCAAGCACCCAGAAAUGGAGGCCCUCCCGGUUCUUGUAUUAGCCUGCAAAUGGCCACCCUAAAAUGAGGCUUUGUUCUCAGCUGACACAACAAAACCCACAUAAUUGUAUCCAGCCAUCACUCCUCUGGGCAGGGCAUGGUGUGGAAUCCAUGUGUGUUAGGUGGGCAGGUGUGGGAGGGAGAACGGAGUGGGAGGGGCCCCCUUGAGAACUCUGCAGUUAUGCCUUAAGCCUAUCAAAAGGAACAGAAGAUGGCAAUAAUAACGAGUAUUUUUACAGGUGACAGUCCAUUUUCCUUAUCCCAACCCUGACGGGAGAUACUUCCGCGAGACCCAUUAAGCAGAGGUCAGCUGGCUCCUGGCACUUUGCUCAGGGCUUGGCUCUCGCUGCGAGCCCCCUUCCCUUCCUGUUAGGGCCCGCUGAUGGACUUAGGGUUCUCCCCUCCGCACCCCUCGACCUUCUCCAAGGCCCACUUCUCUUCUUGGCUUCCCUCUUAAGUGUCGACUGCUUCUGGGGAAGAGGCCGGCGGGCCGAGCUGGCCCUGAUGGCCACGGCCACAGUGGCGACUUGCCUUGCUGUCCCUUCCCUUUCUCCUCUCUUCCCUCGGUCUUCAAGGGGGCAGCGUGGCCUGAGGCACCGGCAUGCCCUCGGGCUGGGACCUGGGCUCACUUGGACCAACGUCCCCCCUCACCCCAGGCGGGGACCUGGGCUUGCUUGGGCCAAGGUCCCACCUCCGCGGUCCCUUCCUGCAUCAGGCGGCCAUCUUUCUUGCUCCUCUGAGCAUUUCUUUCUUUUCUUGUCGCUCCAGAAGCUCUUCAUUCUUCCAGGCUCAUCUCAGGGGAUACUUUAUAUGGGAAGCCUUUGCUUAUCUCCCCCUCUUCUUAUUGACUUACUAGAUAAUGAAUUCCCAAUAGAAUGGAAGGGCCGGGUGGGGGGAGGGGGGUGGGAGUUUGCUUUUUUCCUCCUAUUUUUGUAUCCUUGCUAUGUGUCACACGUGUAGUGGGCGCUUAAUUAUACUUAGAGAAUUGGAUGAGGAUGGAUUUUAAUCAGACCCUGCAGCAGUACUUGUUUGAUAAUGAUUGGUGGGUAAAUGUUGCCUCCAGAGAGGAUCGUAAAGGGCAGUGUUGAAGCCAAAGAAACUGUGAACCCAUGGCGGGCUGAGCGGCGCUGUGGCGGCAGCCUCCGGAGAUCGGCGAGGAGGGGCCUCCUCGGGAUCUGGGGCCCAGCACCCCUUGGGAUUCACCUGGAGCAUCUCCAGGCGGGGAGGACUGGCGCUCGGAAUGGGAGGACGGCGCCGGCUCGGCGCUGGCCAAGGAGCUCUUGUCCCAGCAAGCCUUCCUGAGACUGUCUGCCUCCAGCUGCUCUUGAUGAAUUCAUAACCUCAUUCUGUGGAGGGGUCCCGGGGCAGUAGGAAGAGGUCACCGCCGCCCAUGGAUCCAAACGACUGCAGCCGUUCUUUGGAAAUACUCUCCUUGUCUCCCAUUCCCAAGGACUUCGAUUGUGUGAUAUGUCGGCCCUGUUGGCAGGCACGACGUUGUAUUUUUAUCACCCUAUUUAUGUCAAUAAACUGAAAUGACUUUUCAUUA